UAAUCUGGAAAAAUAAAAUAGUCGAUUAAAAAAAUCACAAGUCAGAGUCCCUCGUUCCCUGGGGAAUCUGUAGAGGUGUCCCCUGGACAAUCACCAGUGGACAGAACUCCAGAGUCCAGGUAGAGGGGACGAGAGAAAUAGAAGGGAAACAGUCAACGAAACGUCAAUAUUUAAAGUGAAGAGAAAUGAGACAGGUGUCCAUUUUGCAGUAUCUCUUUAUUUCAUUCAUUCACUAGCAUUCACUCAUAUUCAGUGCAACACUUUAAUCAAAAUUUAUUUCGCCUUUUUAAUAAAUUUAUAAAUAAAAUUGAAGAAUUCUUUGUGGAGUGAAAUCAUCUCAAAUUCUUCUGUCAUAAUAUUUCGAAUACAUUCUUGGAGAAUUCAAUAAUAAAUAAUGGUUAUUAGUUUGUGCAAUCGUGAGUGACAUAAUGCAUUCGUGCAGUGAAUUUUAUAUUUUUCGGCGGCAGUGAAUCAUUUUUUUUUUACAGUGCAACUGAAUUAUUUGAAUUGUUUAUUGAUUAAUUCGAUUAGUUUCGGUUUUUUGAAGAAAUUCAUUGAAACAAUUCCCCGAUUGUUUAUAAGUAUUUAAGUAUUAAGUAUUUAAAGUAUUUAUUUUGAAUUGUACAUGAAAAUAAAAAUUUAUAAAUCGAGUGCAGACGAUUGCAAAUAAAUUCAAUAACAAAUAACGUAAGAUUGGGGUGAUGAGAGUGCGAAGGAUAAUUUCAGUUGUAAUUUAAUUGAGAAAUAAUUUAUUUGGGGGGACCGACGACAUGGGGUUCAUGGACUUUUUGCACGUGAUAUUAUUCGCAAUGUGUUGGAUCACGCUGGCGGAAUCCCUUCUGCCGAGGAAUAAUUACAAAGGACUGAAGGGUGUUACACCGCAUUCAGAAAUUACCGCAGCAAAACUCAGACGAGUGGUUUAUUAUCACGAUCAAGCAGUGGCGAUUAUCGAUAUAAAUCCACAGAAGGAAAUUGAAAAUUGUCAUAUUAUAGAAGUUUAUGAACCUGAGGAAGCCAAGGAAUUACUGAUGAAUUUAUCGGAAAUAGCGCGUCCCACGCAGGUGUUAUUUAGUGAGAUGACAGGUCUGAUGUAUCGCUGUCAAUUACUUGACAGUAUCCAGGCGAAUAAUUCGGAAAAGGAAGAAGCAAAAAGUGCUCUCGAUCAUGCCAAUUCAUUCGGCAACAGCGCCUACAAUUUAUUAUCCGGGAUAUUACCAGGCACCAAAUGGUGUGGGACUGGAGAUAUAGCGGAACAUUAUCAUGAUUUAGGAGAAGAUUCUGAUAUUGACAGUUGCUGUCGCACCCACGACCUGUGUCCCGUGAAAAUUCGCGCUCAUCGAACGCGAUAUAACAUCACAAAUCUCUCACUUUACAGCAAAUCUCAUUGUGAUUGCGACAACGCUUUCUACAAUUGUCUCAAGAGCAUUGGUACACCCAAGGCGAAUAUAAUGGGGAAAAUUUAUUUCAAUAUAAUCAAAGUGGGAUGCAUCGAGGAUUUUCCGAAAAGUGCGAAUAUGAAUGUCCCCUCCACCAAGCAAAUGCGAAGGUUUACAACUACGAAACUGUAUUUUUAAUUUAAAUAAAAUAUUUUAUAGAUUUUUUAA